CUCUCUCUCUCUCUCUCUCUCUCUCUCUCUCCGAGCUGACGGUCGGUUCGGAAGCUGGCACAGACGGAGCGCCGGCGUGCUCUUCCUUCAUGUCUCAUCCGCGGGAGUAAGCGCUGAGCCCGGACUGCACCUCCGCCUCGGUAUGUCCUAGUUCCUCCAGCCGCCGACGGAGGACAGGGGGAGACCAAAAGCCCCGCAGCAUCAUCUUUCUCACUGUCAACAGAAGCCCAGAGGAGGGAUGAUGUGACGGACAGACAGGCUCACCGCCUGCACCGAUCACCUCUCAGAAGCAGAUCAUGGCUCCCACGGACAUCCUUUUCAUCAGUGUCUUCAUCUGCUCCAUCCAUCUCCCAGAUGCCCAGGUCCUCACUGGUUCUUCCUCCUUCUCUCCUGUAGAGGUGCUGAAUAAGUCUUCACCUUUACCAACGAAGCAGACUACUCAAUCCUGGCCCUCUUUCUCUGAGAGAGGGCGAACUGAUGUGCCUUUCAAAGUCGUGCUCCGGGACACAAUGACAACAGCAGCGCAACAAGGGCAAAGAAUGACUCAUCCGACUGCGCAGUCCACUCCUUCAUUCUUGUCUGUACUUUCGACCCACAACCUGAACAGUGGACCUGUGCGAACCUGGCCAACCCUGGCUAGGUCCAGGACGGACACCGCUAGCCUAGCAGUCAGCAGGGCUUCUGGUGCAAGAGAUACGACUAUAAAAGCCUCAACCUCACUUCUGCCAACCUUAUCGUCCACUGCUGGGGCUGACUCUGCAGGAGAAAAGCUAGUGACAAACAGACAGGAGGAGGCACCAGUCAAAGAGACAGAGGAGGCCAACCAACAGGAGUGGGGUUCCGGGAGUGUUCCAACUGCGGUGCUUUCAAAAGAUCAAUCACCCGUUCCCUUGCCCACAGUUGGUCAUGAAAUGGCACAGUAUCAACCACAGGCACAGAAUGCGAUAUCUGAAGGCUCUGCAUCAAAAACGUCCAGCAUGAAAACGUCAACUGGAGACAGCCAGUCCACAAAGCCAGCUUGGAGUCCUGCAACACCACAGACUGAGACCAGACUCACAUUGUUACCUUUGGUAACGCAGGCAACAGCUCACACUGUAGCAUUAACAGGUGAACUGUCUGCAGACCCUUCAUCCACCAGCGGAGUCACUUCAAAACAGGACGACCCUGCUGAGGCAUCAACCCCACCUACAGCUACUACACCUGGCUCAACGAACAAACAGCUGCACGUUCUAGGAUCGCCAGUUACAGCUCCUAUCCAGACUAGUUCACAUUUAAACAGCACAGCACAACAAGUGACAACAGCUUCCACAAGCCCCGUGUUAACUACGACACAGGAGGCCGGGAAAUCAGUCUCCAAAACAACAAACCAAACUAAGCGAACAACUACAGCUGGUGUAACUGUGCAGUCAACACAGACAGGUAUUUUGUCCGUCCCGACCACCACUGUUCUACCCGUUGCCCAGACGAGAUUGGGCCCCACCUUGCAGACUGCUGUUGCUCAGCAAAACCGCUCCGUUCUCCUGGGACAUGCUCCUCAACCUCCCCACUUUCCUUCAGCUCACCCAGCUCCUGCGCCCAGCGUCAGUCCAAGCCAUAAUGUCACACUUCUCUACUGGGUCGACCUGAGCCAGACGCUGGCUUUCGCAUGGGAGUUACAUGUUUACGGUUCAGCCAGCCUCUUCCUCCUCCUGUUUGCUGGAGCUGCUGUUGGCCUCACCCUGUCGCCCAGCACAAACUGUCCUCACCAGGGUGCUCUUGCACUUGCCAAUGCUCUCUUAAUUUUGGCCGGAGGCAUUAGGGCGGCGCUCUUUCUCGUCGACCCUUAUGGCACACGGCACUUCCUCCCGCGACCUGCAGUCACAGCGCUCUACAACUUGCCUCUGCACCUGCUGGUAUGGACGCAGGCAGCUCUGGUGCUCCUGGCCAUGAGGGCAGUGGGAGUAAGCGUGUUACCGUCUGCUCUGGAGUGUCCUCCUCUGGUGGCUGUGUUGGCUGUGCUGCAGUGUACGCUGCUGUUGGCAACUGAUCUGCUUUCCCCAGCUUUUUCCCCUGUUGUGCCCGUCACUCUGCAGAUCCUGUCUCUGUGCUGGGGCAUUGCACUCUGUCUGGGUUUCCUCUGUUAUGUGUUUCCACGUUUACGCUGCCCCACCAUUCCACACCAUGAAGUCCCUGAAGAAGCCAGGAGGAAGGCUUUGACGGGGAGCAGGAGGACAGGGGUGAUCCUGGCCAGAGUGCUGGCAGUGUGUGCGGUUCUAGGAGCACUGUGCUGUGGGCUGCAUGUGCACGCCACCCUGUGGCUAUAUGGACUGCUCGGGGAUUGGACACGUUUCAAUUGGGGAUGGUGGCUGGUGCACUUCUGGGCCCGACUUCUUGAGCUGGCCUGGGGAUUUUCUCUCCUACUCCAGGGAUCCUGGCUGUUCUGGAAGCCUCAAGGUUGCCAGGGAAGAGAACGGACUGAAAUAGGAGCCGGUAGAGCAGGAGGAGACUUGCCAUCCCCUGGACAGUCUGUGAGUUCAACUAACAGACAUACAUGCUGGUCUAAGAUAGUCCAAAGUCUGAGAGGAAAACCCUGUAGAAAGUCUGAAAGCAAUGGAGUAGGAGGAGGUGGAGGAUCAGGGGAGGUCCCUAACAAUUCUACCAGCCAGGAGCGUCCUGGUGCUGAUAUCACAAAGAGUCUGAUUAGGAACCAGAACCACAAGCAGGUCACUGCUGGACAACGUAGUGCUAAAGACAGUAAUAGGGGGUGGAACCACAGGGGCCACUUUACAGAACGAGGUAUAUCCAAUGACUCUACAGGCUCCCUGCUGAGGCUGCAGGCACUGAGUCGACCUCCGCCGCGCUCCGUGAGUGGCAAUCUGGUUCAAGAUAGAGACACUUCAGUGUCUCUGUAUGAGUUUGAUCUACGCCCUCCCUCCCCCAUUGACCUGACCCGAAGCAUUGACGAGGCUCUACACAGGGAACACCUGUUAGGAGGAGGUAGCCUAUUUCAGCCAUUGACACAGACCUCGCAGUCCCCCUCACCAGGGUCAGGAAUCAGCCAGGGGCUAUGGCUCCGCAGAAACAGUGAUCCUCAGCUUUCUGAGAGCAGUGAUGCCCAAACAGAGUCUUCCAUGCCACUAGGGGGCAGUGUUCUCAGCAGUGUGCCCAGUAGGCAAGUGACUGCUCCUCCUACCCCUUCCCACCAGGGUCACAGGUGGGCUGGGAAGGCAGUAGGUAGUGUCCCAUCAUCGGUGUCCUGUCCUGUGUCACUUCGUCCCUCCAGAACCUCAGCGGGGCAUCUGGGAGAUGAUGGAGUGGAUGACACGCGGCCGUUUAUCACCCCGGACUCAGAAAUGGUACGCGGGAGGUCCGGCAGGCCGGUGGGCUCGCGGAGUUACCUUGAAGUCAGUCGACAUGACGACUCUGCCAGCGUCAACAGUGAAAUUAUUGAUCUCUGAAUCAAACCACAAACCAAUAAUCUUGCAUACAACAAAUCAGUAAUUUCUGACUCCUGAAGGGAAAAAAAAAACAAAACAAAAGAUUAAAAUGUAUCUGCUUCAACACAUUUUGUCACUGAACUACCUAAAAUGAAAUAUUUUUUAAGUAAGGAAAACAUACAAAAAGUGUUUCUGGGUGAAAUAAAAUGAAUAUCCCCUAGUUGCCUUUUACCUUGUGAAAGGGUUCACCAUCUGUAUUUUUUGGAACAGAUGUGAUGGAUCUUUUACUCUACGAGUGAAAUUGGGAGCUAUAGCACAAGUAAACAACCAAACACACUCAUGGUCACUCAUUGUCUUGAUCUCAUUCACAUUCUCUCAGUUUCAGUCACACACCUGAACACUGAUACUACAUAUUUAAAAAAUAAUGUCUCUUCCCCAGAUCCAGUUUGGAUUUGAUUUGGUUGUUAAUUUCACCAUUCAGCACUGCAUGAAACCA